GAAGGUCCCGCCUCCAAGAUGGCGGCGCCCUACGCACGGGGCCGCUACCGGCUUCGGCUCAGUCUCUGGUGAUAGCCUCGACCCGGUCUGCGGGGACAUGGAGCAGCCGGGGUUCACCGCCUCGCUAGUGGCUGGUGGGGUAGCAGGUGCCUCUGUUGACUUGAUAUUAUUUCCUCUGGAUACCAUUAAAACCAGGCUGCAGAGUCCCCAAGGAUUUUAUAAGGCCGGUGGUUUUCGCGGAAUAUAUGCUGGUGUUCCUUCUGCUGCUAUUGGAUCCUUUCCUAAUGCUGCUGCAUUUUUCCUCACCUAUGAAUAUGUGAAAUGGUGUUUGUACACUGAUUCAUCUUCGUAUUUGAUGCCUGUGAAGCACAUGUUGGCUGCCUCUGCUGGAGAAGUGAUUGCCUGCCUGAUUCGAGUUCCUUCAGAAGUGGUUAAGCAGAGGGCACAAGUAUCUGCUUCCUCAAGAACAUUUCAGAUAUUCUCUGAUAUCUUAUAUGAAGAGGGCAUCCAAGGCUUGUAUCGAGGCUAUAAAAGCACAGUUUUAAGAGAGAUUCCUUUCUCUUUGGUCCAGUUUCCCUUGUGGGAAUUCUUAAAAGCCCUCUGGUCCUGGCGGCAGGAGCAUGUGGUGGAUUCUUGGCAGUCAGCGGUCUGUGGAGCUUUUGCAGGUGGCUUUGCAGCUGCAGUCACCACCCCUCUGGAUGUGGCAAAGACAAGAAUCAUGUUGGCAAAGGCUGGUUCCAGUGUAGCCGGUGGCAACGUGCUUUCUGCCCUGCGUGGGGUCUGGCGGUCACAGGGGCUGGCAGGGUUAUUUGCGGGUGUCUUCCCUCGGAUGGCCUCCAUCAGCCUGGGAGGGUUCAUCUUUCUGGGUGCCUACGACCAGACCCGCUGCCUGCUGUCGAAAGUGGGCAGAGAGGGUUCCUAGUGGAUGCCACUCGCGCACGUCCACGAAGAAGCGGGAGCACRGAAUCUGUGCUGAAGCCCAGAGCUGCCGUCACUGUGACCCUGAGGCCAUGGUACCAUGGUCAGGCCGGCUGCAGUUGUCCUCAGUGUGCCACAAAGAAGAAAGUGCGUCGUGGUGGGACUCUGAACAGACCCUCAGAACCCUUAAUAAAUGCGCCUGGCAGUGCCAGCGAGCUUGCGUUUGAUCUGUAUCUGAUCUUCCAUUUCCUGCCACAUGAUGGUUACAAUUUGGAAAGAAUGACAAGAUGGGGGGAGGGGUUGUGCGUGUGGGUGUUUGUCCCUGGGGUCAGUCCCCGUGGUGUAAGGUUAGGGCUCUGUUCAGAAAGCACCACCCCGACCCCUGCUCAGUCUCUCUUCCUGGUAACCAGGGGCUGUGUCCAAUGACCCUCAGGUGGCACCUCCAACGACACGUGAUCCUAGUAUUUUAUAGAAGUGUCUGGUGACCCUGUGGUGUGUGAGAGGCAGCRGGCAUCUGCAGCCCAGGGACUAAAUGGGGGCACGCAGUCCCUCAGGAAGGCCAAGCCCUGCUCCAUGGCUCUGCCUCCAGGCUGAGACGGGGCCUGGGCCAGUGCUGGGGACAGCAGGGCUUCCUUUUUCUUAGUGGGGUCGUGGCCUGCAGUUGCAAGCUCAUCCCUGGAAGGCGAACAGAUGAGCUGGAAAGGUCACCAUACUUGGGGAUUUUAGGGCUUGACUAACAAAGUCCACGUGUAGAAAAAUUCAGAAGAGAAAUCUUAGGAACCUAACAGUGUUGUGUCUACCCUGGAGCCACAGUACAUGAUCCUGCCUUGCCUAAAUUU